CCAUCGCUUAGUUGCUUUUCGUUUAUAAACCAUGGGUGACGAUGUGGGUAACUUGAAAAUCCGGCCUUUGCCUCCUGAUUUGUUAGAAUAUGCCAAGAAAAAAUUGCACGAAGUUCCCAAAAGAAGAGAAGCGGACGUUCAAGCGAUUCGCGAAUGGUUCAAAAAACAGGCGCACAUCAAUGCAGACCCAGACGACCAGUUGAUCAUAUCAUUUUUGAGGGGAUGCAAGUUCAGUUUGGAGAAGACGAAGGAGAAAUUCGAUAUGUACUACACAAUGAAAACGAUGGUACCCGAAUUGUUUAAAAAUCGCGAUCUCACAAAAGACACUCUCUUGAAAGAGACGUUGGAUCUUGGGUUUUUCUUUCCAACCGGAAUCGACGAUGAAGGGAGAAAAGUAUAUUUUUGCAUCGGGGGAAAGGACGAUCCUGCAAAGCACUUGACGUUGCAAGUGAUAAAGGUAAACUUCAUGAUGAUGGAUUACUUUAUAAUGAAUGACGAUGUGUCCGUAGUGAAAGGGGUUGUCAUAGUUAACGAUAUGUCCGCCAUGAAACUGGGACACGCAACUCAAUUUAUGCCGAGCUUGAUGAAAAAAGUUUCUGUCUGCUCAGAGGAGGGAUAUCCAUUCAGGCCCCAAGCAAUGCACGUCAUUAACAUACCUUCGUUCAUGGAGACGCUGCUGAAGUUGUUUCAGUCUUUUAACAAGGAGAAAAUGAACCGCAGAAUGCAUGCACACGGAAAAGAUCUUGAAUCAUUAUUCAAAGCAGUUCCAAAACGAACGUUGCCUAUGGAUUUCGGAGGUGACGCACCGUCAUCAGACAAACUUGCAAAGGAAUUUUCAGCAAAAAUUUUGGAUUUUAAUGAUUGGUAUGUGGCUGACGAGAAAAACGGUGUGGAUGAAAAGAAAAGAGUUGGAAGAUCGAGGACGAAAGAGGAUUUGUUCGGAAUGGAAGGCUCCUUCCGUCAGCUAACUCUGGAUUAGUGAAAUAUUCAUUUUUAGCAAAUGCUCAAUGUUAUAAACUUCUUUUGAAUGUAAUAUCUGCAUUUCUUCAAAAUAUAUGUAAUAAUUAAUAAUAGUGCAA